AUGAUUGUGGCAAAACCAAAAAAUUUUAGAAAUAAAAUAAUUGGACAAAUAAAAGCACAUUUUUUGAAGGACAAUGAAAAAGUUGAGGAAAAAUAUAUUGGAGUAAUUAAACAAAUGAUGAAUGAUUAUAAUAGUUAUGAUGAUGAAAAAGAUAAAAAAGUAAUUAAUUUAUUAGCUCAAACCAUUUUUAGCGGUUACCUUAAACACCAUUAUAAUUCUCCGAAAUUGCCCCUAAGGCACCAAAAGUUCCCUAUGUUGCCGUAA